GGGGAAGGUUUGAAGGAUACAAGCCGGAUGAAAUUGUUGUGAAAUGGGGUUUUAAAUUGUGAAAACCCUUAGAAUUGUAGGACUUUAUGAUCCCUAUGAUCUGUUAGAUUUAAACCGGUUUGCUUAAAAAAAAAAAAAAACCAGUUGGGUAGAACUUAGAACCCUAAAUCACUUACCGAGUCGAACCUCCUUCCUCUCUGUUCUUGGUUGAACCUUAAGUCUAAGACGUGGUUCUGAGUGUGUGGCUGUGUGCAACCUCCUUCUGCUUUUGAGGCUCUGUAAAUGUCAAUGGUAGAUUUGGAGGGUGUUUGUUACAGGCCUUCUGCAGAAUAUGUGGAAGACAGCAAUGAAGCGCUGAUUAACUUGACCGACUCCAGUGAGCUUUUGUUUCUUAGGUUGCCUUUUACCAAUGAUUUGUUAUCUGAGAUACAUGGGCAGAAAUUGUCCCUUACACUUCAUAAUGAUGGUAAACUAGCCAGCUUCGAGGGUUCGUCUGGUAACGUAUAUGAAUUUGUCAGCUUUGCUGCCCAGGAGCCAGAUGAAACAGUUUUUGUUUCCUCAGCUACAGAACCUAAAAUUGGAAAAAUUUCAAAGCGAGUUUCCACUGUCCAUUUCCCCAAUCCUAAAGAACUUGAAAAACUCAAUUCAACCAGUGCAAGACAUGCACAUCGAAAUUCUUCUGGAGUCACGGUGACAACUUCAUCUCGAUAUUUUCCUAUGCAAAGUGGUGGACUUGCGGCUUCAUCAAAAGGUAGCAGACAGAAAAGCUCUAUAUCUGAAGUUACCGAGCCAUCAAGUACUUCAAAAAAGAAACGUGUGUCUAAAUCCAAAUCUAUGGUACCUGAGGUCCCGUCCCCAUCUAGUGGAAGAAGACAUGUAUCUGAGUCAUCCCGUGGUCACAGCACUGGCAUUUCUUCCAUGUCCUCAGAUCAUUCUGAUGGAGGAAAAUCAAAGAGAAGAAAACAUAAGGAAUAAUGUUUCCUUUACUCGCCAUUGGCCUAUUUAUAGUUUAAUAUUUUUAAGUUUACAUUCCUUUCAAACGUAUGGAAAGAAUGGCGCAUGACUUUUAUGCUGCAAAAGGAUGAUAAAUUUAAAUGUUUGCAUUCUAGCUGUCUACAAAUUUUUCUUUCUUUCAUUUUUUUUUAAUAAAAUUUCA